AUGUGGAGGGGUGUUGAGUGCACCAUGGCGCUGAAGUUGGAUGUUGGGGAAGGAAAGAUGGGAAAAAUUAAAAGGAACCUUUCUUUUUUUGUUACGAGAUGUGGGAUGACCCUUCAUAAUGGGGUUCCGAUGCAUUACAACAUGAAGAAAUGGGUGGAUAGCUGUCAACACAAAUGGCUCAUUGUUUUUUUAGAUUCAGAACAUGUCGCGGUUCAUCGAAGUGGAAAACCCCCAGUGGCUUUUUUUCCCUUUGGCGGAAUAGAGCAAUCCAAAAUACAUACAAAAGAGCUACUCUCAGAGCCACAUGGGGUUUUAGUUUUGGUUUACGCGAUUUACAUAAUAUUGCAUGAAUACAUGCCGUGUGAUCGUCUUUACCAUAAGAACCAACGAAAGCACGGCUUUGUUGUUGGUUUGAAGCGCCUGGGUUUUCAUUGUGCUUAUUAUCUUCCGGCCACUUGUGUCUGUGUGGGGAGGGGGGUGGGGGGUCGAUGCUGCGUACAGGAGGGCGUCUUGCCCCAUAAAUGUACAAAUGCACUUGUGCUCCCAUUUUUGCAGCUACACCAUGUUUGA